CCCUAUCUACAGUACAAUCACCUUCGUACUUUCCCUCCUUAUCAAGACGCUCAUGUUGGGUAAAUGACUUCCCUUCCUCUCGGAGUUGAUGUCGCUUAACCUUGAAUAUGGAAUAAACAGGUGUGUACUUGAUCAUCAACGCCAGGUUGACGAUGGAAGACAGUGCAGCUGGCGCUAAGGCUUCUCGUAAACGGCACUUCAAAAUACAUAGCAAUUUUGGCUCCGCCAGACAAUGGCGUAGCCGAAAGAAUCGCCCUUGUGAUGUGUGUCGCAGGCGACGAACCGCCUGUGUCAUUGAGGAUCGACCUCCAUGUCUUUUCUGUAAAGGAAGGAGUUUGCACUGCGAAGCUACCACCAGGUCAUCCCGGGGACGGGACUCCCCUGAUCAAGAGAUGGACCAUGACGAGGACCAUCUGGACGAUUCGGUCACCCCAGCUAACCCGAGUCCACCAGAAGGCGGGAUACCCGUCACAAGUAUUGCCUCAAGCGACAUUCCCCUAGAGCAAGCUGUGCGGUCGCCUACCACAGGACUCCCGGCUCCGGACAUACCCAAUGGCCCUGGAAGCAGUUAUCUGCGGCCAAGGAUCGACAAAGAAGUUCGACUGCCAGAGCCGGAAGUCCACACCCUUGAGGACGGCAAGAACAUGACAGCGCAUUCCAUGGGAUUGUCAGCUGAGCAGGACACUCACCUUCUUGACUCUUUUAGAUCUGUCAUCAUUGACGAGACUAAUACUGUGGAUGGUGACAUGAUUCAGGUCGAUUCUGGCGAUCCUCGCGCAGGUGUACCACCUAUUCAUUUUUGCAUCCUCCGAGAUUGGUUCAUGCCCUAUGAUAAUCGCAUUAAAGAAGAGUCCUCCCGCAUGAUCGAAAUGAAGGUGGGAUCGUACGGCCCAGAUCUUGUCCGCCUGUACUUCAAACACGUCCACCCCGUCUAUUGCGUUGUUUCCAAAGUUCGCUUCCUCCGCGCAUACAGGGACGACAAGCUGGGCAUUCCGGCUUCACUACGUGGCGUUUUAUAUGGCCUAGGGGCUGUGUACUGGAAAGACGACCUCAUGCUGAAGUCCAUACCUUGCCCUUUCGAAAACUACGAGUUGUUCAUUGCUGCCCAAAACUCUCUCGAACGGGAGCUUGAAGCACCAAAUCUAUGGAAGAUGCAGGCUUGCCUUCUCAUGCUACACGAAAAGGCUGCAGGCAAUGCUACUUUUGAGACACCAAGGAUAUGGACUUUAUCUGCUCAGGCUGUCGCAUGCGCACAGAUGAUCGGGCUGCACCGUGAUCCGUCCAAUUGGAAAAUCGCACCUUGGGAAAAGAGUCUUCGCAAGAAGUUGUGGUGGGCAACAUACGUGACUGACAUGUGGUCAUCCGUAUCGCACGGGAAUCCUCCACAUAUCUAUCGCGCCUCAUACACGACUCCAGAACUCAACAUGGACGACCUGGAAAUCGACGAACAUGUGCCCGAAGGCCUGCGGGAUACGGUGGAUGACACCAGUGCUGACUUUGAUGCAUCUACGGCCGCAAGGUUCCUCGAACUUGUCAAGUUGACCCAGAUAGUUCAUACCCUGUUGGACACCGCUUUCACCGACCAGAGCUAUCGAAAUGCCAUGAUGGAUAUGGGCGCUCAAGAAUCCAAACUUUUGAAUAUACAGAGAGACCUCGAGUCCUGGUACUCCAUGAUUCCACAAUGCGUUACCAUGAGCUAUACCACGAACAAAUACAGCUUUCGCAACAAUGCGCCUCUACACUUGGCCUACUUUGCAACCCAGGUGCUCCUCUUCCGAGCUUUGAUGACGCCAGCAUCGGUCGCUGCCAAACAUAAUCCACAAUCGUCCUUACGACGGUUUUUCGAUGCUGCAAUCGAGAAAUUAGGUCUAAUUUUAGCAUUCAUGGACCAGAUUACGGUUGAUAUCUUACGGGAAUUUUGGGGCCAGCACGGACGUUCCCAACUCAUCUUGAUCGGCAAUUUCCUGAUACAUCUAUUUCUAGUGUCUUCCAACCCUGAGCAGGUCCAUCUCACAUUUCGACUUCUAGGGCGGUUCCAUGAAUCUCUGCAAAGAAUAGGUGAGCUUGUCGACGAGGACUCUGUGCAGUUGAUUCGACCAGUUGCUUUGAGGAUCGACUCUUUUUUCACCCAAGCUGCACAGAUUAUGAGGAGAGGUUCUGCGACAGGCUCAUAUUCAAUGAGCUUGACUGGGGAUACGCCAGUAUGAAGUGAGCU